AUGAGACGUGUUGUUAUUCAAUGUCAACACGAUGACGAUAUUCCAAUAAUAAUGGAAAUAAUCAAUUCGUAUGGAGGAAGUUUAAUUCGACCACAGUCACCUCAAAGAUUCGAUAUGAUUCAUGUGGAUUUAUCAGAAGAAAAUGAAACAACAUUAAGUGAUUUUGUCAAGGAAUUACAAAAUGAGCUGAUUUCUAUCAAAUGUGAAAAGCAUGUUCAAAUUGCUUGCGAUGAAUCUAACCGUUUUCCAACAUUUAAUCAAAUUGAACAUUUACUUAAGGCUUGCAAAACAAAAAUGUUCCGUCUUUGUUCUUACAGAAUUAAUUAA